AUGGACCGCAACCGCAAGCGCAAAGCAGCCGACGGCGCGUCCCCAAAGGUCGAGAGCAGCACAAGCAAGCGACAAAAGACGACACUGGAACACGAGACCCCGCAGACGACGACAAAGAUUGGCCUCCAUUUUAUUGACCAUCUCAAGUCGGCCAAGGACAAGACAGGCCGCUUGAUCGCCGACCUGUUCAUCGACCUGCCCAGCAAGCGAGAACUGCCCGACUACUACCGCACAAUCAAGCUACCCAUUGCCAUCCAGACCGUCCAGGACAAACUCGAGCGCCAUGAAUACCCCACCCUCAGUGUCGUCGAGAGCGACAUCAAGCGCAUGGUUUCCAACGCAAAGCAAUACAACGACGACAAGUCGACCGUCUACCAGGACGCCGAGCGCAUUCGCAAGGCUCUGUCCAACUUCAUGACCAAGCACAAUCCCGCAUACAAAGACCCCAACUACGUCGCUCUUCCCACUCCCAUUCCCGGUCACGACGACGAUGCCUCUGCCUCUUCGGCGCCUCCGACGCGCGAUCCCAGCGAGCAGCCCAAGAAGAUCACCCUCUCCCUCAAGGCGAAUCGCGACCGCAAGUCCUCCGCCGCUCCAGCCGCCGCAUCGAGCCCGGCCGCUGCUCUGGAGACCUCAGACCCAGAUGACUUUACCGGCAAGACAUUCCAACAAGCACAGGAACACCUUGUCAAUGGUCUGAUCAGCCACACGGAUCAAGAUGUCGACAUCUUCCAACCCUUCGUCACGCUACCUCCACGGACCUUGACCGACUACUACGCCGUCAUCAAGAAGCCCGUGUCACUCAACGCCGUGCGCAAGCGAGUACGAGGACAACACGGCCGUGGAUCCGCAACGUCACAGAGCGACUUCAAGACUUGGGACUCAUUCGAAGAAGAGGUUUCAUACAUCUGGCGUAAUGCAAGGGACUACAACGAGGAUGGAAGCGACAUCUACAACCUGUCCGUCGAACUCGAGGAUCUCUUCAAGGAACGUCUGGCAACUGCGAAAGCUCAAGUCGACGAGCCCGCACAACCAAAGAUCAAGCUCAACGCUUCACGACCGAAAGCUGUCCUGCAUCUCGGCGCAAGAGGAUCGCCAGCUCCUACUAGUACUCCUGCGAAAGAGGCAAUCACCAACGGACAGAAGACUCCUGUCGCAACGGGCCCACGACCUACCAGCAGUGCCGCCGGUUCACGAUCGAACUCGCAGGUUCCUUCUUCAGUCAAGCAAGCGAGUGUCAGCGCAUCAAGCCCAGUCGUCACAACCGCGGUCAAGACGGAAACGACAGUGGCUGCGUCGCCAUCGCUUGCGACCGUUCGCCCACAGAGCAUCGCUCCGGACGUCAAGCAGAGUCCAAGAGCAGGAACGGCCACUUCCAUGCCUCCUCCGCCUUCUGUCCGUGCGAUAAGUGGCAGCCCGCACCCUUCAAUGCUGCCUCCUACCCCUUACGUCCCGCAAUACGUACCGCCGCCGCCAACCUUUGUCGACAAGUACACUCGCUCAAAGCCUGCCUCGGAAGCCCUCUUACCGAGUCUGGUUAUCGCAACACAUCCUCAGCUCAACCUUGCCAAGCCGAUUCACCUCGACGUUCCUGCUUCCAAGCAAUUCACUCAGCAGUCUUUAACAAUGUCAAUCCCUGCCGCUAGUUACUACAUCAGCAUCAUCCCUACCGUCUCGCAACGUCUCCUGGCACAACGACAGUACAAGCUGUUCGUCACAGUCAACGGCACUCGUCUGAUGGGCAUCACUCGCGAUUUCAAUGUCGGAGAGCCCCAAAGGAAGCAAGUCUACGACACAGCCCUCACUCCUGGUGUCAACAGAAUCGAGGUCGAGGUCGUCGCUGUCGCUAGUAAGAGUGGGGAACUUGAGGUCGAGAAGACGAUGGUGUUUGCCAACCUCAUCAAAUAG